GGAAGAUCACACCAUCCCUCACCAUCAUCAGUGUGAAGAACGGAAAGAUAUCAAAGUUGAGGAUAAAGAGGAAGAAGAAGAGAGGUUGGUGAGUGGAGAUCAGCAGUCUAUGGAGGAGGGGGAGAUGAUUAUGGAAAGUAAACAGGAGGAAUCUUCUCUACAUAUAGACACAACAGAUGACCAUAAUGUCCGGAAUACGUCUGAGGAAUCUUCUGAUAAAUCACAUACCAGGACUCUAAGAUCUCACAGUAGAAAUACUUUAAUAGAUCCGUCUAUUCCCGAGGAAUCUUCUUCAGGGCAGGAAGGAGAUCACACAGUAGAGAGUUCAUUGUCAUGUUCAGUGUGUGGGAAACUUUUCACAAAUAAGAGAGAACUUCUUAAACACAAGAAACGUCACACCGCUGAACGUCCCUAUUCAUGUUCAGAGUGCGGGAAGUGUUUCACUUUGAAAGGAAGCGUCCUUAGACACAAAAAGAGUCACACAGGUGAGCGUCCCUAUUCAUGUUCAGAGUGCGGGAAAUGUUUCACUUUGAAAGCAAACCUUCACAAACACAAAAAAAGUCACACAGGUGUGCGUCCCUUUUCAUGUUCAGAGUGCGGGAAGUCUUUCACUCGAAAAAGCACCCUUGAUGAACACCAGAGGGUUCACACAGGUGAGCGUCCCUAUUCAUGUUCGGAGUGCGAGAAAUGUUUCAAUGUGAAAGGAAGCUUUCUGAGACAUAUAAAAGUUCACACGGGUGAGCGUCCCUAUUCAUGUUCAGAGUGCGGGAAAUGUUUUAGUAUGAAAGGAAACCUUCUUAAACACGAAAAAAGUCACACAGAUGAGCGUCUCUUUUCGUGUUCAGAGUGUGGGAAUAGUUUCAUUCAAAAAAAAGAAUUUCUUAUACACCAAAGAAGUCACACAGGCGAGUCUUCUCAUUCAUGUUCAGAGUGCGGGAAAUGUUUCAAUAAAAAAAUGUAUCUUAUUAGACACCAGAAGAUUCACACGGGGGAGCGUCCCUAUUCAUGCAAAGAGUGUGGAAAAGGUUUCCUUGAGAAAGCAAAACUUCUUGUACACCAGAGAGCUCACACGGGUGACCGUCCUUAUUCAUGUUCAGAGUGCGGGAAAGGUUUCUUUGAUAAAGCAAUACUUCAUGUACACCAGAGAGCUCACACAGGUGUGCGUCCUUAUGCAUGUUCAGAGUGCGGGAAAUCUUUCACUCAAAAAAGCGCCCUUGAUGAACACCAGAGAUAUCACACUGGGGAGCGUCCUUAUCCAUGUUCAGAGUGCGGGAAAUCUUUCACGUCGAAAGGAAACCUUGUUAAACACCAGAGAAUUCACACGGGUGUGCGUCCCUUUCCGUGUUCAGAGUGCGGGAGAUCUUUUAUGACGAAAGGAAGCCUUGUGUAUCACCAGAGGAUGCACGUGGGCGAGCGUCAUUCAUGUUCAGAGUGCGGGAAAUCUUUCACUCAAAAAAGCGCCCUUGAUGCACACCAGAGAUAUCACACGGGUGAGCGUCCUUAUCCAUGUUCAGAGUGCGGGAAAUCUUUCAUGUCGAAAGGAAACCUUGGUAAACACCAGAGAAUUCACACAGGUGAGCGUCUUUAUUCAUGUUCAGAGUGCGGGAAAUCUUUCACUCACAAAGAAAGCCUAGUGUAUCACCAGAGAAGUCACACGAGCUAACAAUCUUUCUCAUGAUAACAGUGGUGUGUUGGGGGAGGGGCGGAAUAUAUUGAAUGUUUUUCAGGUUCGGUUUGAUAGAUCUGAGUCUGCAGGGAUUGAAUCCUUGUAAUAUGAUCCUCUAAACCAGGGGUCU